GUAAUAGAAUAGCCGAUGUAAUCUGACACUCCAACUUGCUGUGCUCUCUGCUAGUUGAUUCAGUUACUCACCCACUGACGUUGAGUCCAUUCUCGGUGUUUGUUACGAGAAGGGGGGGAAAAGGAAGAUAUUUAAAAAAACAAGAUCCGAAAACACACGGGAUUUUUCCCCCUUUUGCUCUCCGCUCGGAUAGGAUACGUAAUUCCAACAGACGUAGUCUGUGGUGGGGGGCCGCAGAGGGACGUUCCCCACGUGAUAUGUGAAGGGAGGGGGGGCUGAAGGCGCACAAAGCUUGGCGUUCACACAGGUUAAAUCUGUGAUCGAUGAGGGUGUAGAAGAGACGUUACUGGUCACCUGUAAAGUAAAUCCAGACCAUUCCACCAUCUACCGAGCACGGGAGUUUAAUGGCUUUCAGGUAGAGACCAAGGCGGGACAAUCAAAAUGAACUCGAUUCCGUCGAUGGACAGGCACAUACAGCAGACCAACGACCGGUUGCUGUGCAUUAAACAGCACUUACAGAACCCGGCGAACUUCCAGACGGCGGCGACAGAGCUGCUGGACUGGUGCGGCGACCCGCGGGCCUUCCAGCGACCCUUUGAGCAGAGCCUGAUGGGCUGCCUUACGGUGGUCAGCCGUGUCGCCGCGCAGCAGGGCUUCGACUUGGACCUGGGCUACCGGCUCUUAGCCGUCUGCGCAGCCAACAGGGAUAAGUUCACCCCGAAGUCUGCAGAAACCAUCACCUGCAGGAGGUGUCAGAGUGACUCAGCCCUCCUGUCGUCCUGGUGUGAGGAGCUGGGUCGCCUCCUCCUACUGCGUCACCAGAAGAACCGGCCCAGCGAUCCCCCAGGGAAGCUGCCCAUGCAGCCACCCAUGACCUCCAUGAAGCCUGGCCUCUCACACGGUGAUGGCUCCUUCCCUUAUGAUUCCGUUCCUUGGCAACAAAACAGCAACCAGCCGCCCGGCUCGUUAUCGGUGGUGACUACGGUUUGGGGCGUGACCAACACGUCGCAGAGCCAGGUACUGGGCAACCCGAUGGCGAAUGCCAGCAACCCCAUGAAUCCUGGAGGCAACCCCAUGGCAUCCAGCAUGUCCGGGAACAACCCAGGCAUCAACUCGCCCCAGUUCCCUGGCCAGCAGCAGCAAUUCCCGGCCAAAGGGGGCCCCAGCCAACCUUACAUGCAGCAAGGCGUGUACGGGCGUCCCGGCUACCCCGGCAGCGGUGGGGGGUUUGGUGGCAGUUACCCGGGAGGUCCAAACCCCCCUGGAGGUAUGGGCAUAACCCCUCACUCCCGGACGCCCGCUGACUUCACCCAGCCUGCCGCCGCCGCCGCUGCCGCUGCUGUGGCUGCUGCGGCCGCCACGGCAACGGCUACUGCCACGGCCACUGUUGCUGCCCUGCAGGAGACCCAGAACAAGGACAUGAACCAGUAUGGACCGAUGUGUUCCUCUUUCCAGAUGGGACCCACUCAAGCCUACAACAAUCAGUUCAUGAACCAGCCGGGUCCCCGUGGGCCACCCUCCAUGCCCGGGAACAUGAACCCGGCCGGCAUGGGCGCUAACAUGAGCGGCCCCAACAUGAGCGGUGCCCCCAUGAGCAUGAACCAGCCGCGGGGGGCCUCGGGCAUGAGCCCCUUCGGGAGCCACGGUCAGCGUAUGCCGCAACAAGGCUACCCGGGCCCCCGGCCACAGUCCAUGCCCAUGCAGAGCAUGAAGAGGUCCUAUACUGGGGAGCCUAAUUAUGGGGGACAACAGUACGGACCAAACAGCCAGUUCCCCAACCAGCAAGGCCAGUACCCUGCUCCCAAUGCCCCCAGGCCACUGCCAUCACCCAACUACCCCGGGCAGAGGAUGCAAGGGCAGCAGAGCUCGGGACAGUACCCUCCGAGCGUGGGCAUGAACCAGUAUUAUAAGCAAGAGCCAUUCAAUGGUCAGAGCAACAACUUCUCUGGAAGUGGGUAUCCCUACAACCAGGGCAGCCUGAAUGGGCCACCGCGACCAGUGGGAAACUACCCCCACUCGCCGGUGCCGGGGAACCCGACGCCCCCCAUGACACCCGGCAGCAGCAUCCCUCCCUACCUGUCGCCCAGCCAGGACGCCAAGCCGCCAUUCCCGCCGGAAAUCAAGCCGAACAUCACGGCCCUGCCCCCACCCACCAACCCCAACGAGGAGCUGCGGCUGACCUUCCCCGUGAGAGAUGGGGUGGUGCUGGAACCUUUCCGACUGGAGCACAACUUGGCUGUGAGCAACCACGUGUUUCACCUACGUCCUUCGGUGCAUCAGACGCUCAUGUGGAGGUCAGACCUGGAACUUCAGUUCAAGUGCUACCACCACGAAGACCGGCAGAUGAACACCAACUGGCCAGCGUCCGUGCAGGUCAGCGUCAACGCCACACCACUCACCAUCGAGAGGGGUGACAACAAGACCUCCCACAAGCCCCUGCACCUGAAGCACGUGUGCCAGCCCGGGAGGAACACUAUCCAGAUCACGGUCACAGCCUGUUGCUGCUCGCACCUCUUCGUCCUUCAACUGGUCCAUAGGCCGUCCGUACGCUCCGUCCUCCAGGGUCUGCUGAAGAAGAGGCUCUUGCCCGCUGAGCACUGUAUCACCAAAGUCAAGAGGAACUUCAGCAGUGUGGCAGCCUCCUCUGGGAAUGCCACGCUUAACGGGGAAGACGGUGUGGAGCAGACCGCCAUUAAAGUGUCCCUCAAAUGCCCCAUUACCUUCCGGCGGAUCCAGCUCCCGGCGCGGGGUCAUGAUUGUAAACAUGUACAGUGCUUCGAUCUGGAGUCGUAUCUACAGCUGAACUGUGAACGGGGAACAUGGCGGUGUCCUGUAUGCAAUAAAACAGCAUUGUUGGAGGGUCUGGAAGUCGAUCAGUACAUGUGGGGCAUCCUGAACGCCAUCCAAAACUCGGAGUUUGAGGAAGUCACCAUUGACCCGACGUGUAGCUGGAGGCCGGUGGCGAUCAAGUCGGACAUGCACAUCAAGGAAGACCCCGACGGCCCACUGGCCAAGAGAUUUAAGACCAUGAGUCCCAGCCAGAUGAUCCUGCCAAACGUAAUGGAGAUGAUAGCCCAACUUGGUCCGGGCCCCUCCCCAUACCCAUCAUUACCCCCUCCACCUGGGGGGCACAACAGUGAUUAUGGAAACCAAGGAAACAGUUACCAGGGACAUGGUAAUUUCGACUUCCCCCACGGAAACCCCGGAGGCACCUCCAUGAACGACUUCAUGCAUGGGCCCCAGCUUUCCCACCCGCCCGACAUGCCCGCCGGCCUUAUGAACCCUGACAAGCCCCUCAGCCACGGCAUGCCCGACGCAAUGCCUCAUCCUGUCAGCACUGAUCAGUCCCAUAGCUCCAUGCAGCAGGGCUUGCACGCGCCUCCUCACCCCAGCAGCCAAUCAGGGCAGCCAUUACAUCACAGUGGCGCUCCCCAGCCCCCGCGCCAGCCCCCGCCACCGCAGCCCGGUGCUAACAGCCAUCCGCACGGCGACCUGACCUUUACCCCUUCCUCUGCCUUAGAGGGUCAGGCAGGAGGCUCAGUAGCGCCUGAUAUGCCGGAGCCCUCCCUGGAUCUCCUCCCUGAGCUUGCGAACCCGGACGAGUUGCUGUCCUACCUGGAUCCACCAGACCUCCCGAGCAAUAGCAACGACGACCUUCUGUCCCUCUUUGAAAACAACUGAGGCGGCCCUGCGUCCGCGCUAUCUAGACUGGCCCGAGUCGGCACACCAGCCCCAGAGGGCUGCUCAGUACUUGACAGACACAAAGAUGCACUCCUUUACUCUUCUUCCUCUUAUAAACAUCCGCAUCUCCCGCCCAGGUUGACUGAGAGUUGUUCUUGUAAACACGCAGAUGUGACUGUCCUGUCGUCUGCCUCGAAGUGAUGCCCUCGAACAUUACAGACUCUGCAGCUAUAUAUUAUGUUCAUUUUUACCUCACACAGCGUUCUGUGUGAACAAUAGAAAAAAAAAUGUUGUAGCAUUUUUUUAUUAUUUUAUUUCCAUUUAAGAAGAAAAGAAAAUGAAAAAAAAAAAAAAAAAAACUGCCCACAUCGGCCA